AUGCAUGGCGGCGCUUUCGUGGCGGUGACGCUGCUGCUACUUUUUGGGCGGCUACAGUCGGCGGACCUUCCGCCUUGCCCGACUCCGAGGCGGUGGGCCUGCUACGCAAACGAGUGGCUGGAGCGCCAGGGCCUACCCCGCUAUCCACUGCCUGAGCCCGACGACAAGAGCGGGGCGCCGUGCAUCCACCCCGUCGUGGUCAAUUAUAAAGGAGCAAACAUCUCGAUCCUGUUCCCGCACAACCUGUGUACCCGCGAGCGCUUGGCCGCCGACAACUGCCCGAAAAUACUCCCGGACUACAACGCGAGAACCCCGAUGUUGAGCACGGACUAUGUGGCGCAGUGCGACACAGGCUACGCAGUGCCCGCUGCGAUCGCCGAGAAGAACCGCGGGGGCCAAUGUAUCGAUAACCUGGGCGAUGCGGCUGGUUUCGAGGAGUACGAGACGUCGCCGUUCCCCGAUGAGAUGCCAAGCUGGGACGUCAUAGAGGUUAAGUUCUGUGACCUGCAAGAGGCGCCCGGCGAAAAGCGCAUGUGCGUGGCGCCUCCUAUGUGCGAUCAGCGGCUUCGAUCAGGCGUCCCGUCCAAAGACAUCCUGCCGCAUUGCCAUCAGCCGUGCGUGUACAACGUCAGCCCGAACCAGUACCGCGACUGUCAGCCGCUCGACCUCCGAAUCGGGGAGUCGCACCAAGCAAGGGUCAUCGCCGGGUACCGGCAAAAGUCGAGUCCCCACGCGACGCUCAUGACCCGCGCCGAGAACCUGAAGCUCCUCCCCCGGUCGGCAGACGAGCGAGCCUAUCCGAGAUGUAUCCGUGCCGAGAAGCUGACGGUCACCCAACAAGCCAUAAUCCGAAACGACUUCUUUUUGAACUGCGAGACGAACCCCUACUACAAGCGCAACAACCAGGAUCCGGAGCUGUACAUCGAGCCGGUCGACUGCGGGCCCGACGAGUCGCCCAGCGAGAUAUUCUGCAUCCCGUCGACAACCACCAAAACAUCCAAUCAGCUGAAAAACACUGAUAAUCCGCUGAGCGACCUGCCACCAAUUAUCAUGGUGGGCCUCGGCUUCGGGCCGGGCAUCGUCGUCGGAGCCGUGUUGCAGUGUCUCGUCUGUUGCCUGUGCUUCCGGCGUCUUUCGAACAAGCAGGACACCAAAAAUGCGCCACCUCACCCACCGGAAGCGCCCGAGUCGCCGCAGACGCCCGAGACACCCCUCCGAUCCGCCGAGGCCAUCAUGGUCGGGGUGGGCGACGACUUCAAGACCCUCGAGCCCCCAUCCACCGACGCCAUUCCGACAAUCACCGACCAAGAUUUUGCUGUGCCACGUCAGGCGAGCAAGUCCAAUCUCGACUCGUCCAUGCCGAAGCACCAGAAGUACGAGAAGACGGAAGAAUAUGGCGCCGUCCCCACACUUGAGCCGGUCGGCGAGCCGCUGCACACGCAGCCACCUCGCGACGCCUCCAAGUCGAGGUCACGCCACACCGACCCCGCCGAGCUCGAAAAGCCUGCAGCCGUCAAGCGAACGGCUAUUUCGAAGAGCGGAGGAGGAAAAGUGAAAUCCGGAAACGAUGCCUCGGGGUCAAGGAGGCCAAAGAAACCGAGGGCCCGCUUUGGUAAUAAGGUGGAGCUGCUCGCUGAACAGGAACGCAUGAUGGACGAGAUGGACUCGGUGGAA